GAUACUUUAUAUUCGGUAUUCCGUUAGCUCGCCCGCUCUGGUCACACUGGCACUUCGCAAAUAAAUUAUUUGCACACAAAAGUAAGCACUUUACAAAAGUAAUGUGUACUAUAUAGUUAAUCAAAUACAUGUUCGACCCAUCGUUAUGCCCAUGAGAUCGAGUUCACAUCCGCGAAACGAGUGAAAUGGAAAGAAAGUGAUUGCAUUGCCGAUUCGCCCCACGAACAGUUGUUUGUGCGUGUGUGUGUUUGUACUUAGUGACGUGCGCUCGCUGCGCUGCAACUGCGCUGCUGCUACGCCGCUUUGCUGGACUGCAACGCAAAAAGGGAACCCAAAAUAUUGGAUAGCCAUCCAUAGAAAUUGCCCACGUAGGAUCGCCUGAACGCAGGAUGGAGAAGUUUCCGCUGAAGGGCAGCAGGGAGGCCGCCGCGGAGGGCAACAGCUACAUAACCGCCUACCAAACGGUCAUGAAAAAGUCGAACGGCCACACAAACGGAGCCGGCGGAGACGGUAACCUAGACGGAACUUUUCGUGACCACCCGCUAGCGCAGCACGCCAAACUGACCACUUCGCUGACGGCGGCGGGAACCGACGACGAGGACAUGAUCGACAUCACACCGCGCUCCAGUCCGGGUGAUGUGAUCGGCGGCGGCGGAGGAGGAAGCAGCAGUGGCUAUCACCGGGAAACGGCCACCGAAUCGGACACCGAACGAGAUUUCGGACACUCUGGCGGCAGCGGCGGCGGCAAUCACCACAAUCAGCGGACAAUGCACCAGCAUGUGCCAACUCACAGUGCCUUCGGCGAUCCCAUGGACGGAGCACUAUCCUUCUAUGGUUCCUCGGACGUACAAGAUGAUAUUCCUGGCAUUGGACAGUACGAAGAUUUUCACACCAUUGAUUGGCAGCGGGACAUUGCCCGCGAUCGUAUGCGACAUCGCUACAUAGUCAAGAAGCGACAGGACUCCCUGUGGGAUCUGAUAAAGGGUUCCAUUGAUGCCGGAUCUGGCUGGCUAUGUGUUUUACUCGUCGGAAUUGCAGCAGGCUGUGUUGCAGGCAUGGUGGACAUUGGAGCCAGUUGGAUGUCGGAUCUAAAGCAUGGCAUUUGCCCACCCGCCUUUUGGUUUAACAGGGAACAAUGCUGCUAUCCGGCUAAACAGUCGGUGUUUGAAGAAGGCAACUGCUCGACGUGGAAAACCUGGCCAGAGAUCUUCGGUUUGGAUCGAAAUGGCACCGGACCAUAUAUCGUCGCCUAUAUCUGGUAUGUGCUGUGGGCUUUGCUAUUUGCUUCCCUCAGCGCCUCCCUUGUGCGAAUGUUUGCGCCCUACGCCUGCGGAUCUGGUAUUCCAGAGAUUAAGACCAUUUUGUCGGGCUUCAUCAUACGCGGCUACCUAGGAAAAUGGACGCUGCUAAUCAAAUCAGUGGGUCUGAUGCUGUCCGUGUCCGCCGGCCUCACUUUGGGAAAAGAAGGUCCUAUGGUCCACAUUGCCAGUUGUAUUGGAAACAUAUUUUCCCACGUUUUCCCAAAAUACGGUCGAAAUGAGGCGAAGAAGCGUGAGAUUCUUUCGGCAGCAGCAGCUGCAGGCGUCUCUGUGGCCUUCGGAGCACCAAUCGGUGGAGUUCUGUUUUCCCUGGAGGAAGUGUCCUACUAUUUCCCACUGAAGACAUUGUGGCGCUCAUUCUUUUGUGCAUUGAUCGCCGCAUUCGUUUUACGAUCGCUAACUCCGUUUGGCAACGAGCAUUCCGUGCUCUUUUUCGUGGAGUACAACAAGCCCUGGAUCUUUUUCGAACUUAUUCCUUUUGUUUUCCUCGGAAUUAUGGGGGGUGUUAUUGGCACGUUUUUCAUCAAGGCCAAUUUGUUUUGGUGCCGCUACAGGAAGUUCAGCAAGCUUGGCCAGUAUCCAGUAAUGGAAGUGCUCUUUGUGACCCUGGUCACUGCCAUUAUUUGCUACCCCAAUCCAUUCACCCGUAUGAACAUGAACGAGCUGAUAUUCCUAUUGGUGAGCAAGUGCUCACCCGGAGAUGUCACCAAUCCGUUGUGUGAUUACAAGCGCAUGAACAUAACGUCGGGCAACACUUUCAUUGAGGUUACGGAACCAGGUCCCGGUGUAUACAGCUCCAUUUGGCUGCUGAUGCUCACCUUUAUACUUAAACUGGCCCUGACCAUCUUUACUUUUGGCAUGAAAGUGCCCGCUGGUCUGUUUAUUCCGUCCCUGCUGCUGGGCGCCAUCAUGGGCCGCAUUGUGGGAAUCGGCGUGGAACAGUUUGCCUACAGCUACCCCAACAUUUGGUUCUUCACCGGCGAAUGCGCGGACAGCAAUCUUAUCACUCCCGGAUUGUAUGCGGUUGUGGGAGCAGCUGCUGUGCUGGGAGGUGUCACUCGAAUGACCGUCUCCCUGGUAGUGAUCAUGUUCGAAUUGACAGGCGGAGUGAGGUAUAUUGUGCCCCUGAUGGCUGCUGCCAUGGCGUCCAAGUGGGUGGGUGAUGCUCUCGGCAGGCAAGGUAUCUACGAUGCGCACAUAGCGCUGAAUGGUUAUCCGUUCCUAGAUAGCAAAGAAGAGUUUGCGCAUACAACACUGGCCGCAGAUGUGAUGCAACCAAAACGGAAUGAAACUCUGAAUGUCAUUACCCAAGACUCCAUGACGGUGGACGAUGUGGAGAACCUUCUUAAAGAGACCGAACACAAUGGCUAUCCAGUUGUGGUGUCGCGGGAGAAUCAAUAUUUAGUGGGUUUUGUGUUGCGCAGGGAUCUUAACUUGGCCAUAGGCAAUGCCAAGCGUCUGAUCGAGGGCAUUAGCAGCAGCUCUAUAGUUUUGUUCACAUCAUCCCAGCCCAUUCAAAAUCUGGGACCCCAGCCGCUGAAGCUGAAAAAGAUCCUGGACAUGGCACCGAUUACAGUAACGGAUCAAACGCCAAUGGAAACGGUAGUGGACAUGUUCCGAAAGCUUGGCCUUCGCCAAACAUUAGUUACACACAACGGUCGCUUACUAGGAGUAAUUACCAAGAAAGAUGUCCUGCGCCACGUGAAGCAGAUGGAUAACGAAGACCCCAAUACGGUGCUCUUCAACUGAAUUUAUCAGCCAAUCAGAAGCUGGGCGAGCGCUGCUUCUAGUUAUUAUUAUGUGAACUAUGUGCAAAAUGCAGAUUGCAAUCUAAGCUUAAGUGAAAAGUUGAACGAGUGGACGUAAAGUGGACUGAAAUGGAUUAGAGUGGUAUCGCGUGAUUGAAACAGAUAGGAUCGGACGUUCGAACGCGAGAGAUUUAGCAAAAUUGUGUGCAGUUCUAUUAUAUAUUUAUAUAUCGCAUAUAUCUCGUUAAUGUUAAUUGUAUAAUUUAUUUUACUGUAGGCAAAUGGUUAUAAAAGAUUAGUGUAUUCA